CGGGGCGGAGCCGGCAUGCAAAUGGCCGUUUGUCGAUUGGCCCGGCGCGGCAGGGCGGGGCGUUCGGGGCUGACCUCUCGGCUGGCUCGGCAGCCCGGUGGCCAGUGGAGUGCGAGCCUCGAUCCCGGGCGGAACCCCCAGGCCAGCCGGGCCAUGCUGACCAAGGGCCCGCAGCUCCCGUCCCCAGAGUCCCCGGGCCGGCCAGGCAAGGGCCAGGAGGCCCUGGAGGCUACCUACCGCCUGGGGCCCCUGCUGGGCAGGGGCGGUUUCGGCUCCGUCUUCUCUGCGCACCGCCUGGCCGACCGCCUGCAGGUUGCUGUGAAGCUGAUUCCCCGGAGCCGCGUCCUGGGCUGGGCCCCCCUGUCUGACUCAGGUCCAUGCCCACUGGAGGUGGCCCUGCUGAGGAAAGUCGGGGCUGGGGGUGGUCAUCGGGGUGUGAUCCGACUGCUCGAUUGGUUUGAGACUCCUGAGAGCUUCCUGCUGGUGCUUGAGCGGCCGGAGCACGGCCAGGAUUUGUUUGAUUAUAUCACUGAGCGGGGCCCCCUGGGAGACGGCCGCUGCCGCCACUUCUUCAGCCAGGUGGUAGCUGCUGUGCGUCACUGCCAUGCCCGAGGGGUAGUCCACCGAGACAUCAAGGAUGAGAACAUCCUAGUGGACUUGAGGCGGGGUGAAGUGAAGCUCAUUGACUUUGGCUCCGGUGCCCUGCUCCGGGAUGAGCCCUACACCGACUUUGAUGGAACCAGGGUGUAUAGCCCACCGGAAUGGAUCUCUCAGCAGCAGUACCAUGCACUGCCAGCCACUGUGUGGUCCCUAGGCAUCCUCCUUUAUGACAUGGCCUGUGGUGACAUUCCCUUUGAGCAUGACCGGGAGAUCCUAGGUGCUCGUCUCCGCUUCCACUGCAGUAUCUCCCCAGGUUGCGAGGCCCUGAUCCGGCGGUGCCUGGCCCCUGAUCCUGCCAAUCGACCCUCGCUGGAGCAGAUUCUUCGGGACCCCUGGAUGCAGGAUGGGGAGGACCACUUAGCACUUACUUCAGAAAUCCUGCCUUCAGUCUCUUGUGAUGCCAGUACCCCAGAGUGGGCAGCUUUCUAACAGUGGUGGAGGAACGGAGCAUGUGUCCUUGUGGUCCCCCAAAUGGGACCAGUCUUCUAAGGCUGCACUGAUAACCUGGUUUUACAGGUUCCUUAGAGAUGCUCCUCUGGACCUCACCCAAGGGACAGGGAAAGAACUUUAGCCACCUUGUAGCCCAUUCCCCGUUCUCUCUCACUCUCAGGGAUGGAUGGGGACUUUUUCAGACACUAGACACCCCCCCCCCCUUCCUCCAUAGGUUGUUUAGAGAUCCCAAGGUUGGGGUGGAAAAGAAGGCUGAGAGCUUCUUCAAACCCGGACAUUUCCUUGAACCAGCUGUGCUCCCCUGCCCCUGCCCCUGUUCCUGCUCCUGCCUAGCCCGAGGGCCUGUGUCACUGAUUGCCCAAUGAGGUUGACUUCUUCACCUUCCCCCUAUGAAGGCGGCCUCUGCCUUCCCAGGUUGUGCCCAUUCUUCGGGCACAUUGGCCACGGGCUGGACCAGAGGACGACGGGAGGGGGAAGGGAGGGCGGCCAGUGGCCGGCAGGCUCUCAGUCCCUCGGAAAUGUGUAUGUUAUUAAAACGAGCCCUACCAGGCCCUCGCAACCCCA